CAACCUGCAAGGCACAGUGGCUGCCCUUUGUGUGCUGCGAGGUGGGGGGACCUGGGCGGGAAACUGGCUGAGCCCCAAGACUCCGGGGGCCAUGGCCGGGGAGCUGGUGCCGGGCCUGGGGGUCCUGCGGCGCCGAAAGCGCCUGCUGGAGCAGGAGAAGUGGCUGGCAGGCUGGGCGCUAGUGCUGGCGGGAAUUGGCAUCGGACUCAUGGUGUUGCACGCUGAGAUGCUGUGGUUCGGAAGCUGCCGGUGUGCGCUCUACCUGUUCCUGGUUAAAUGUAUGAUCAGCACGUCUACCUUCUUACUCCUUUGCCUUAUCGUGGCCUUUCACGCCAAAGAGGUCCAGCUGUUCAUGACCGACAACGGGCUCCGGGACUGGCGCGUGGCGGUGACAGGGCGGCAGGUGGCGCAGAUCGUGCUGGAGCUGGCGGUGUGCGGGCUGCACCCGGCGCCCGUGCGGGGACCGUCGUGCGCGCAGGGCGCGGGCGCGCUGCGCGGGACGGUGCAGACCUGUCCGGGUUUUCUGGACCAAGAGGAGGCGCUGUUGUCGUUGGCCAUGCUUCUACGCCUCUACCUGGUGCCCCGCGCCGUGCUUCUGCGGAGCGGCGUCCUGCUCAACGCGUCCUACCGCAGCAUCGGUGCCCUCAACCAAGUCCGCUUUCGCCACUGGUUCGUGGCCAAACUGUACAUGAACACGCAUCCCGGUCGCCUGCUGCUGGGCCUCACGCUGGGCCUCUGGCUCACCACCGCCUGGGUACUGUCGGUGGCGGAAAGACAGGCCGUUAAUGCCACCAGCCACCUUUUGGACACUUUGUGGCUGAUCCCCAUCACAUUUCUGACCAUCGGUUAUGGGGACGUGGUGCCAGGCACCAUGUGGGGCAAGAUUGUCUGCCUUUGCACUGGGAUCAUGGGCGUCUGCUGCACAGCCUUGCUGGUGGCCGUGGUGGCCCGGAAGCUGGAGUUUAACAAAGCAGAGAAACACGUGCACAACUUCAUGUUGGACAUCCAGUACUCCAAAGAGAUGAAGGAGUCGGCUGCCCGAGUGCUGCAGGAGGCCUGGAUGUUCCGCAAACACACACGAAGGAAGGACUCCGGUGCUGCGCGGAGGCAUCAGCGCAGGCUGCUGGCCGCCAUCAGCACAUUCCGCCAGGUGCGGCUGAAACACCGGAAGCUCCGGGAACAAGUGAACUCCAUGGUGGACAUCUCUAAGAUGCACAUGAUCCUGUGUGACUUGCAGUUGGGGCUGAACACCUCACACCAAGCCUUGGAGAAGCGCAUCGAGGCACUGGCAGGAAAAUUAGACAACCUGACUGAGCUGCUCAGCACAGCCCUGGGGCCCCAGCAGCUUCCAGAAUCCUGCCAGGAGGCCACGUAGCUGG